AUGUGCCGCAAUCACACAGACGAUAACGAUUAUCUAGCCGGAUUGAUAGAUGCUGCACCUUGGCUAUCUGCAAGUGUCAUAGGUGCCUGGUUGAGUGACCAGCUACAGGAAGCGACAGCCGGAAGGCGACCGGCUCUCUUUCUAUCAUCCAUAUUUUGUGCGGCCUUUGCGCUUGGGUCCGCCCGCUGCGAGAGCUGGGUACAGCUUCUUAUAUGUCGGAUUUGCCUUGGGAUUGGCAUUGGAGCCAAAGCAUCAAUUGCGCCGGUGUUUGCAGCAGAAGCAGCGGCCGACCAUCUCAGGGGCCGCCUGUUGAUAAUGUGGCAAUUCUUUGAUGCGGGUGGCAUAUUUCUAGGCUUCCUUACUGUAUGGAUUGUUGAUCAUUCUUGGAGAGCCUUGCUGGCAAGCGCCGCUAUUCCUGCCCUGAUAAUGUUGUUCCUGGUAUUCCUCUGUCCGGAGUCCCCGCGAUUAUUGAUACGAAGAGGAGAUUACCAUGCCGCAUUUGGUGUGCUAUGUCAGCUCCGCCCAACGGAGGUCCAAGCUGCGAGAGAUCUCUUCUACAUCCAUAGCCAGUUGCAGAAGGAGGCGGCCCUUAUCGAAGGCCAGAAGACACCUGAUCAGCAAGCGUGGAGGGAUUCAAGGAGUGGAACGCCGCUAGAACACCCGCUGGAUCAGGCUGGUGAUGAUCGAUACCUAAAGAUGAUUCAGAAGAGCAGCUAUCCACACAGAGUUGGCGCGCUGUGGAAAAUCCCGAGGAACAGAAACGCCUGUAUAGCGGCUUUCAUCGUGAUGGCGUCCCAGCAGCUUUGCGGAAUCAAUGUCUUGUCGUUCUAUUCGUCGAAGCUCUACGACGACGUCCAUCAACCGACUAACAAAGGUCGAGAACCUGCUACUAUCGAGCUACAAAGGAGAACGAGGGUAGCAUGGUUAAAUUUUGGUUUUGGGUUGGCAAACUUUCUGUGUACUCUACCGGCCUUUAGGUUGAUCGACAGGUAUAGCCGCAGACAACUCCUUCUCACCUCUCUGGGAGCGAUGUUUUUCUGCUUGGUGGCCAUUGGUGGCUUUUAUGAAAUAGAUGACGUUAAUAUCCGACUGGGACCAAUCGCCACCUUUACGGUAGUCCUUUUUAACGUGGCAUAUGGGGUGGGGGCGGGCCCUAUCCCAUUCACGUUCAGCGCAGAAGCCUUCCCUCUUUCAUAUCGAGGCAUGCAUCACCCGAGCCCUAACUUAUACAUGUCCCAUCUAAUCGGUCUUCUUGUCUAUAGAAGUCGGAAUGAGCUUCAGUGUCAUGAUGUGAUUGCAUUUAUAUUGGUAUUUCUCUUUGUCCCAAGCGCCUCAUCAAAAUACACGCUAGAGGAGAUGAACAGCAUAUUCAAACAUAAAAUGGUGUGCCACGUGAGAUGGCACCUCUCGGUGUUUUGUGUUUUGCGUGGCCAGGAAAGAGGAGAUUUCGAUGAUUUCUGUGUCUGUGAAGGUUCCGGCGAGUAG